AUGUCAGGUGUGUGUGAGUGUGUGAAUUGUGUGGCAGCACAGGCGGACAGAAAGGCAGAAAGGCUGUGUUUUGCAUACCCAGGGCACACUCUUCCUGCCACAGAGAAAAGGGAAAUUGCAGUGGAUUCUUCUAUCUAUACUGUGGAAAGGAGAAGGCGUGACGUCUUGAGAUCACUCAGGGUCUCUCUUUCUCUCUCUCUCUGGGCCGGCAGUAGCCUCUAGGAUUACCUGUGCAGGUGAGGUGUGGAGGACACAGCAGGAGGCGGGAGAACAAACUGAAUGCGCUUUGUAAUCAGAGAAGCUACUUUAUUCACCAUUCUCCCAAUCAAAGUGUGUGACCAAGCUCCUUAAGCUCCUCCUCAUCACGAUCUUCUCAACCAAUGACUGAAGCAGAAGAGGCCUGUGCCAUGGCAAUGGCAGCAGGUGAUGCUAAAGUUGAUAGACUGGAAGCAACAGCUGUUGUGGCAAUUGGUGAUACCAUGGAGGUUGGAGGGAUGCCAUGGGAUGAAGGUGGUGCCAUGGCAGGUUUUGGAGGUGCAGUUGGGUUAUCCAAAGAAGCUGGAAACUUAUUGAUGUUAGCUGAAGGCUGGAUGGAAAUGUCACUUGCUGGUGCUGCAGCAAUGCCAAUGAGUGGUGCCACAGAAAUGUCCAUUGAUGGUGCCUUGGGCGUGCCAGCUGAUGGGGCCACUGCUGUGCCAAUGGGUGGAACUACAGCCAUGUCGAUGGGUGGUGCUACUGCAGUGCCAAUGGAUGGUGCUACAGCAAUGCCAGUUGGUGGUGCUACAGCAAUGCCAGUGGAUGGUGCUACAGCAAUGCCAGUUGGGGGUGCUACAGCAAUGCCAGUUGGUGGUGCUACAGCAAUGCCAGUGGACAUUGCUACAGCAAUGCCAGUGGAUGGUGCUACAGCAAUGCCAGUGGAUGGUGCUACAGCAAUGCCAGUGGAUGGUGCUACAGCAAUGCCAGUGGAUGGUGCUACAGCAAUGCUAGUAGAUAUCAAAGCUACAACGAUGAGUGACGGUGCCACAGCCUGUGCACCCACCGCAUCUCCCACAGACCUCUGUAAGAUCUGUGGUCAGAGGCACCUGCUGGACGAAAACCAUGAGUACAAUUACAAAGAGGAGGCAGACGAUGACCUCCUCUGUCACAUCUGCCUUCAGCCCCUCAUCCGACCUCUGGACACGCCCUGCGGCCACACCUACUGCCAGGAGUGUCUGACGAGCUUCCUGCUGGAGAGUGACUUCUGCCCGGUGGACCGCGUGCCGCUCCUGUUGCAGAACUGCCGGAAGUCCAGCCUGCUGGUGCACAAGCUUCUGGACAAACUGACCGUGGGCUGUCCAUUUAGCGACUUCUGCUCUGACACCAUGCCCAGGGGAGAGCUGCAGGGACACUUCCAGAGCAGGUGUAAAGGAGCAUCACACUAUGGCCUGUCAGCAGAGAGGAAGCGCCGCUCUCAAGAAGGAGACUGCACUGACAGCACAUCAGAGCUGGCCGUGGCCACCCUGUCCGGCGACGGCUCCACCUCCAGCGCCGUGGCCCUGCUCUCCGACGAGCCCGGCCUGGUUAACCCCGCCUACGAGCCCAGCAUGGAAGACACCAGCCAAUCAGGCAGCACCACCAGCCUGGCAGCACGCUGCAACUCCAAGAAGAGUGAGUUCCGCAACUUUGACCGCUCAUCAGUGCGCAGCCGCUCAUUCCGCCGCUUGAACCGAGCAUUCAGCGUCCUCAGACGCACCAAGAGUGGCACGGCCGUGGCCAAUGAUGGCACAGAGGAGAGAGACAACCUCCGAAAUGCCAACAUACCACAAGAGGUGUUUGCUUUGCCUCAGCUGCACCACCUCAUCCCAGAUGGUGAGGUCACCACUGUUAAGAUCACGCGGGCUGACCCCUGUGAGCCACUAGCUAUCAGCAUCGUCGGGGGUAAUGAAACACCACUCGUGCGCAUCCUCAUCCAAGAUAUCUACAGAGAGGGGGUUAUCGCCCGGGAUGGAAGAUUGCUGCCUGGAGACAUGAUCCUCAAGGUCAAUGGUAUCGACAUCACUAACGUCCCUCACUGCUACGCCCUAGCCGCCCUAAAGCAGCCCUGCACUCUGCUGCGUCUGACCGUGCUGCGCGAGCAGCGCCACCGCUACCGCUCUCACCACCACCACCACACACCCAGCCCCGGCGAGCUGUACCCUGGACACGGCCCCAUGAUCCGAGAUGACAGCCUGCAUGUGGUUCUGGUGAAGGGGGCACCAGACGAGCAACUGGGCAUCAAACUGGUGCGGCGGCCUGACGAGCACGGCGUCUUCAUAUUCCACCUGCUGGAGGGAGGCCUGGCGGCCCGGGAUGCCCGACUGCGCGUGGAUGACCGCGUGCUGGCUAUUAACGGCCAUGACCUGAGAUACGGAGCCCCUGAGCAUGCAGCCCUGCUCAUACAGGCGAGCGUGGAGAGGGUCCACUUCAUUGUGUCGAGGCAGACGCACGUGCCCGCACCAGACAUCUUGCAGGAGGCACCAUGGAACAUGGAAGGACCCCCACCCUACUCACCAGUGGACAUUGAACACACACUGUUGGACUCGUGCCAUAAGCCAGCAUGCUACGAGAAGACAGUCACCCUCUCAAAGGAGCCUAAUGAGUCUCUGGGCAUGACUGUAGCCGGGGGCAUGAACAGCCGUGGCUGGGACCUCCCCGUCUACAUCACCAACAUCGACCCCAACGGCGUUGUGUCCCAGGAGGGAUCCAUCCGCAAAGGUGAUAUCCUGUUAAAUGUGAACGGUGUAGACCUGACUGGUGUGACUCGGGGUGAAGCUGUGGCGAACCUGAAGAACACUUCCUCUCCGGUGGUGCUGCGUGUUCUGGAGAUGAGGCCUCCAGAUGUCAGCUCUCUGGACUGCAUGCCACCCCUGCACUCGCCCUGCUCUCUCUCGCCCUGCUCGCCCAGCGACAUCAAAAUGCCUCUGCCCAGCGAUGACUACUCACCACUCUGGGUGUCCUGGCUUCAGCUGCCCAGGCACCUGUACUGCUGUAAGGACAUUGUGUUGCGGAGGAGCACGUCAGGCAGCCUGGGCUUCAGCAUCGUAGGAGGCCAGGAGGAGAUCAACUGCAACCAGUCCUUUUUCAUUCGCUCCAUUGUUGAAGGCACACCCGCCUACAACGACGGCAGGAUACGCUGUGGAGAUAUCUUGCUGGAGGUGAACGGGAAGAGCACCUGGGGAAUGACCCACACGGCUCUAGUGCGUCUGCUGAAGGAACUGAGGGGGCGAAUCACGCUCACCAUCGUUUCCUGGCCCGGCAGCCUGCUCUAAGUCCGCACUGCAUGGGGGAGGGGCUUAUCACACUGACCCUGCACCGGAGGGUGGGGCUUCACAUGGCUCCUGCCCACAGAGCACAGGGCUUUGGACAUGAACUUCCUUGGUAGGCAGAUCAUAUGAAAACGGACUGCCCCACCUUUGAAAGGAGGGGCAGAGAUGCAUCGGCCACGCCCAGGCGGGAGGGGCUUACACGGACUCCUGCUCAUUAAGGCGGGGCUUAUGACGGACUCUCUUCAGAAAGGAAAGGCCUUUCAAAAAGGACGUUGUAUAGAGAGAGAAAGAGAGAGAGAGAGAGUAUGGAGGGUUCUUCAGGCUUGAAGCCUGAAAGCCUGGAUGACAAUAUGAACACAUGAACACGUUUUCACUGGCAGUCUGGGAAUAAAAAAACACUUUUGACCCCGCCCUCGCCAAUCAUGCAAUCUAGGCACAGGAAGACGCAUAAAGCUACUCUACUGGUGGAGCUAUUGACAAUAGAACCUGCUGAGGAGGUCACCAGAGAUACUGAACACCACAGACAGGACAGAACAUUAUAUCUCACAUCAUGAGGAGGGUCAUGUAUCUGAAGAUACAUGAGAUAAAGAGUGUACAUAAGGAACCCACUAUUGGCACUGUGCAAGAGAUACUUGGAGACUUGGAGAAAAGUGUGGAACACGGACGGACGUGUGGGAGAAGAGAAGGGGUUUCUGGGAAAUGUGGUCGAUUUAACUCGGGCGUUCAGACUAGUUGUGGGGUGGGAAGGGUACACAAGUUGCCAACUCAACAUUAGUUUCUAUGUUAGAACACGCAUUUAAGUGGACACACAUUUCUUUACCGUUGACGUUGGUGUCUGGAAUGAAUUCAAACACUUGUACUAUGACGACUCUUUCAUUCUUUCUUUCGUUCUUUUGUUUACCUCUCUCUGUUCUUAUGGCCUUUUGGAUAUCGGCUUCGCUUUCUCCAUUUCUGAUGAUGGUGCAUUCUCUCGGCCUUGGGCGCAGAGACCCGUUUGCCAAGCAGUUUUUUUUUUUCUCGUCUGUGUUGGUAUGUUUCAGACGCUGUCGCAAAGGAAAAAAAAAAAUCUCUAGUGAGUAUUAUGAAAAACAAACAAACAAAAAAAAAAUCAAUGGACUUCGAAUAAAAUAAAUAUUGUUCAUACGCUCUUUAAAAAAAAAAAGAUAUCUAUGCUUAUAACAAUGAGAUUUUGGCGGCCUUGCUGAUUUUGCUACUCUUAGAGACAUGAGCUGAGGGAGCAGAAUGUGGAAGUGUGUAUGUGUGUAUGCAAGUAAGUGUGUGUGUGAGAGAGUGUGUGGGCGUCGUCAUGGGAAGCUGUGUGGUCCAGUGUCUCAGGCUUUUGGCUUGUGUAGUAUACUGUAUCUGAUGAUACUGUACCUUUGGUUAAAUAAUCAAUAAAAUCAUUCUACAAGGAGA